AUGGGUUUCGCCGAAGAACUCUAUUCUAAGGCCUCCUGGACAUCCGCUCUCUCCGUUGUCUUUGUCUGCUAUGUGGUCUAUGCCAUCAGCAAGCGCUUCAACGAGCGGUACCGCCUACGCCGCACCGGUGGCUUGCGGGCGCCCGAGAUGCGCGGAAAGCUGCCCUGGGGCAUCGACCUAAUCAUCAGCAAGAUUAGGGCCUCCGCGGUCCAUAAGAAUCACCUUCUCUGGGAGAAUAUGUUCGCAACCUUGCACAACCACACCGUUGAGGUCCGCAUCAUGGGCAAGCGCAUCAUCUUCACCGACGACCCGGAAAACAUCAAGGCCAUCCUGGCCUCACAGUUCCAGGACUACGGCAAGGGCGAACCUUUUCACCGGGAGUUCGAGCCUUUCCUCGGCGACAGCAUCUUCGCCACAGAUGGCGCUAAGUGGCACGCGAGUCGCCAGCUGCUGCGCCCGCAGUUCAUCAAGGAUCGCGUGUCUGAUCUACACAUAUUCGAGGCGCAUCUGCAGACCUUAUUCACUGUCAUGUCCGUUGGCGGUGACGCUUCAGCCGCCGCUGUCCUGAUCCCUGCAAGGGCUGAGGGGAGGUCUAUCUCGAAAUAUUCAGCCAAUGGCCGUGUCAUAGACAUGAGCGACCUUUUUCUUCGGUAUACACUAGACGUGGCCACUGAUUUCCUCCUCGGCAAAGACACGCAGUCUCUGAUCAUCCCACAACAAGAUUUUGCCGAAGCGGUCACAGAGGUCCAACGUGUACAAUGCCUGAUUAAUCGCGCCGGCCCCGCCAAGGCUUUCGUCCCACGGGAUUCAUAUAACCGUGGGAUUCGCGUUAUUGAUGAGUUCCUUGACCCGUUUAUCGAACGAACAUUGUGUCUACCACCGGAGGAGCUCGCGAAGACGAUCCAUGACAGGGGUGAGGGUGGAACUGGUCGCUACACUUUCCUGCACGCCCUGGCCCAGUUCACCCGGGACCGUAAGGUCCUACGUGACCAGCUUAUAGCCGUGCUAAUCGCGGGCCGCGACACCACGGCAAGCACUCUGUCAUGGGCCAUAUACGAGCUGAGCAAAAGACCGGAGUGCGUCCAGCGGCUGCGGGGUGAAAUCGCCCAGUCAGUCGGCCUCGAAGGCGACGCUACGUGCCGCAACCCGUCUUCCGCCGAUCUCAAGGCUAUGAAGUACCUCCAACACAUCCUUAACGAGACACUACGCAUGUACCCGGUUCUACCUUUUAAUCUCCGCCUAGCCCUCCGUGAUACCACGUUGCCGCGCGGCGGCGGAUCUGACGGGACCGAGCCCGUAGCAGUCUGCAAGGACACGCCGGUCGCCUACUCAACGCUACUACUGCAGCGCCGGAUCGACCUUUACCCAUCGCACCUCCCCAGCCCGGCCGUGUUCGCGCCGGAGCGAUGGGAACAGUGGCAACCGAAGCCGUGGCAGUAUAUCCCUUUCAACGGCGGGCCCCGCAUUUGUAUCGGCCAGCAGUUUGCCCUGACCGAGAUGGGUUACGUGCUCGUACGGCUUUUCCAGAAGUUCGAGCGCGUUGUCAGCCACAUGGACGCCAUCGACCACGGCAGCCCUACCCUCAUGGACAGCCUUGUGCUUCAGCCCGGUGACGGCGUGAAGGUAGCGUUUUAUGAGCCGGAUGCCACUAACAGCUCGAAAUCAGAGGAGAAGGUUUAG